AGAGGCGCGCACGAGCGGACCCCGACACGCAGGGACACGCAGCACCAGCCGAGAUACGACCGAGGCACGCAUGCGCGGGCACGCACACACACACACUCCAGUCUCCCUCUCCCGGCCGAGGCUGUGCGGCCCACGUUCUCCACCCCUCUCCGACCCCCAGCUGGGGGAGCCGAGCAGGGAGGUACCAGGCUAGGCCCUCCCCAUGCCCACCGCUGCUGUGACUCUGGGUGCUGGUGUCCCUGCAGCCAGGCCCAAGAGAACCCCAGGGGCUGGCGGUGGCACCAAAAAAACACGUCCAGACCCUGGUUUCACCUUGGCCACAGCGCUGGAGGCGGGUAGGUGUCCUGGGUAAUAGGACAUGUGUCCCAGGGACUGACCAGCAGGGAUGGGAAGGGCCAUGGGGUGGAACUUACAAGGACACAGUGCCUUGAAAGGGGACAGAAGACAGGAAUUCGAGAGAGACUCGAAGCUCCCACCCCACCUGGGCUUCUUGGAGGAAGAGGCAUGGGAGUGGGAGAUGGCUGGUUGAGGCCCUGUCCACUGGGACCACACUGGGCCUGUUACCCAUAUACCCUACCCAGUGAGGGGCCCAGACUCCAGGACCCAGGACACACCCCCAGCAGGACUGGAGGGGCCCACUGGUGAGCCAGGAGCUCUUGAGUCUUGGGGUCUUGGUGAGGCCCAGACUAGAGGUGGCUGGUUGCAGGGGGCGUUCUGAGGGACAGUGGCCCCGAGGGCAGAUUUCCCCUGCUCCGGUGGGGCUGGGCCGGCAGUGUCCCCUGGACAGGAGAACCCUACCCCGGCCCUCCCUCGGAGUAGCCAUGGCCCUCUUCCAGGGCCUCCUCAGCUCAGAGCUGGGGGGCGGGGGAUGUGGGGGGGUGUCUGCCAGGAUGUCCCCUCCUUCUCCACCCUCUCCUGGAGGAUGCGCCGCAGGAGAACGGAUGGGGCUCCAUGGGCUUCCUUCCUCCCUUUCAGGCAGGUGAGACACCGUGGGGCCGUGCAGACGGCCAGUUCUCGACUUUGCCUAAAAAAGGAAGCAGCAGGCUGAGUCUGAGGAGCUGGCGGCAGGAACAAGGGAGAGCUGUGUCCCCGCAGGCGCCCCCCCGCCCCCCCUGCCGGGGAUCUUGGCAGUGGAGGUGCUGGCUGGGCUCCACAGACCUCAGGCCUCGGCUGGGACCAGAAAUGCCUGGUGCUUCCGCCUGGGCCCGGUGGGGGGACUUUGGGUCUCCAGAGUGCAAGCUGUGCCACUUCGAGGGGCCUCGCCAGGCCCCCCAGCCCCCAGUACACAGGGGCUGCUGUGGAGAUGACGCUCAAGGCCGCAGCCGCUGGAGGACCUGGGGUCUGACCAGAAGCUGGCUGCAGACCCUGCGGAGGCACGCCCAGGCCGGGCCUCUGCUCUCCGGGGCUAUGGCCUCCCACAGGCACGUUCCUACACCCCUCUGUGAACCGCCCACAGGCCCCCCCACAGGUGUUCCUCUGUGAGCUGGUCGGGCAGCUGGGGCUGGGCUUCGCUGCUCCGUGCCUUCAACCUCCCUGGCGGUGCGGGGCCUCAGGGUGGGCCUGGGAAGCUGGAAACACCUUUGGAAACAGCCGCCUGAGGCAGCUGUGGACAGAAGAGCCUGCCCAGCAGCCAAGGGAGCCUCUCCGCUCAGCCUCCCCACCCCCACCAGGCCCAGCUGUUGUUUUCAUGGCUCCGGGACCAGGCGGAUCCUCAGCCAAGAGCUUCCCAGGAGAGCUCUCAUCUUCAACCCCUAGUGGCGGCCAGAGCCAGCCCAGGCAGGAGGGGAAGGAAGGCAGCCGCGGCCCGGGGGAAGCCAUCCUGGCAGCUUGGCCACUGGCCUGGCUCCUGUCUGACCGGGAAAGGCAUCAAAGCCGGACUCGGAUGGAGGCUGGAAAACCCCGAGACUUCUGCUGGACUCGACCCAGCCACACACCAGGCUGUGCUCAAGGCCACGGAAUGAGCCGCGACCCUGGUCACAGGCUGAGCCUUGACCCUGGCCCCAGACGGAGCCCAGACCUUGCUGGUCACAGUCUGAGCCCUGCUGGCAAUAUGAUGUACUAGAUCCCUUAAAAGGCCUUCCAGCAACAACCAACUUCUGGAUGAAUUACUGUGAGUGUACAUUUUUAUUAGACUGCUGGGUUUCCAAGAAAGUAAUUAUCUCCGAGCCUCCCCCAAAUUAAACAGCAAAAACAAAUAAGGCCAGGUGGGGUGGCUCAUGCCUGUAAUCCCAACACUUUAGGAGGCUGAGACGAGAGGAUUGCUUGUGCCCAGGAGUUCGAGACCAGCCUGGGCAACAUGAUGAGACCCCCGUCUCUACAAAAAAUUUAAAAUUAGCUGGGUGUGAUGGUGCACUUUAGUCACAGCUACUUGGGAGGCUGAGGCAGGAGGAUCACUUGAGCCCGGGAGGGCGAGGCUGCAGGGAGCUGGGAGCUCACCACUGCACUCAGACUGGGCGGCAGAGCAAGACUCUGUCUCUAAAUAAACAAACAGACAGAGUAGUGUGGAGGCCUGGAUGGUGGAAGGCCUGAUGGUUGGGAAAGCAGAUAACUCCCUGGACGCACACAGGGACAGACAGCCAGCCUGCGGCCAGGGAACAAGUAUGUUUCUCUGCCUAGGGGCUGCUAAACCAGGGGUCUCAAAGGUCACUGAGGGGGCCGAGGGUGGUCUCGCCUGGAAAAGGGGAAUAGUCUCUGGAGGGAAGCAUCCCUAUGUUGGACCUCAGAAUUGUCACAGAUAACAGCUGACAAACAUUACCAAAUGUUCAGAGAAACACCAUGCUACUGAUGAGAAUCAGCAGAAACAAGUCAUAGAUUUAGACCCCCAAAGACUAGGAAAUUGGAAUUAUUUAGUACAGAAUAUAAAAUAUAUAUGAAAUAUGUUUAAGAAGUGGAAACUGUAAUCUAAAAAGCAAGCAUGUACCAAGAGACCAUAAAAAACAAUCAGACACUUUUUUUUUUUUUUUUUUUUUGAGACAGAGUCUUGCUCUGUCUCCCAGGCUGGAGUGCAGUGGCGUGAUCUCGGCUCACUGCAAGCUCCGCCUCCCGGGUUCACACCAUUCUCCUGCCUCAGCCUCCUGGGUAGCUGGGGUUACAGGUGCCCACCACCACGCCCAGCUAAUUUUUGUUUUUUUUUUUUUUUUUUUUUUUUGAGACGGAGCCUCGCUCUGUUGCCCAAGCUGGAGUGCAGUGGCGUGAUCUUGGCUCACUGCAAGCUCCGCCUCCCAGAUUCACGCCAUUCUCCUGCCUCAGCCUCCCGAGUAGCUGGUAUUACGGGCGCCCGCCACCAAGCCCAGCUAAUUUUUGUAUUUUUUAGUAGAGACGGGGUUUCACUGCGUUUGCCAGGAUGAUCUGGAUCUCCUGACCUCGUGAUCCACCCGCCUCGGCCU